AUGGUAUUCUACAACCCGCCAAAGCGACAGCCUCGCAAGGCCGCCGAUGGCAAGAUCACCGACCUACCCGAUGAGCUUUUGCUAAACGUUCUCAACUACCUGGGCCCAAACGACACUCAGAAAUUCCGCGCCACAUGCAGAGCCUUCGCUCCCAUCGGCAGCACCGCCAUUGCGCAAAGAUACAAGAUACUCUACAUCUCGCCAAUGCGCUCCUCUCUCCUGGCUGCAGUAGAAAUCUGUGCACAUCCGAUCUUCAGUUCGAUCAUUGAAGAGGUCGUCGUUCUCGGCAGCGAACCACAGCGGGAGCAAUCCAAGUGGUACCGUGAAUUCGGCGACUAUCUCCUGACAUGGCCGACCACAUUCCCAACUGUCGGUAAGACAGUGGUCAGCAAGAACGAGAGCCCUUCCUCGGGCGGUUUCCUUGAUAUCUACAAGCCACUCUUGGAUGCACUCUCGGCACUACCGCGUUUGAAGAAGCUUUCUUUCGCGAGCGCGGUCUCGCGCACCUGUCACGGCCUCAACCAAGUCAAGCGGGACUCUCUAAUAUCCUUUCCCAGGCGACACAACGGGAAGCCAUCAGCAGACCACGAACGUUGGAGCGAUGGCUACGCGAUGUUCGCCAUCUUGGCGUCCCUCGGCCCUCAGAUUGAAGACUUCUGCUUCUCUGAAUCACUCGCGGACUCGUACGAAGAUCUCAAGGACGCAGAAAUUGACUUCGCGCUGAGUGUGGUUAAGAAGAAGGCUCUGGACGGAGACGAAGAAGGCGAGGCGCGUCCGACGAACCUUCAAUAUAGAGUUCAGGGCAGCUACUUUGGACGGCCAGAAGGUCGUUACUUCAUGCCCAGGAACACCUUCAUGGUGGGCGAAACGAGUGCCAUUGCCGGGAUUCGCCGACAUUCUUCGAGACGCGGCGCCCUGGAGAUGCAAUACACGCACAAAUCCAAGGCAGCGUCGGUCAAUCUGUGGAUGUUGUAG